AUGCCAUAUAGAACUUGUGUUGAAGUUAAACAUUUUUCUGAUAAAAUUGAAGACGAAAAAUCUUCCUCUUCAGAUCAUUCACUUUUACACGAAUUAGAUACAAAAUUGAGGAGGUUACAUGCACAACUUGAUCAUUUAGAAAUUACGGGGGAAAGAUUGGAAGGACAAAUUAUUAGAGAAUUAAAUAAAGAAGAUGGGCAAAUUUGGAGAAAAAGUGGUAAAAGGUUGGCUAGUGAAUAUGCCAAAAUUGUUGAACAAAGAUGUGCUGCUUUGGCAAUGGAGGCUAUUUUGGUUAGAAGGUGA